AGCUGGUGAGCCUUUUUAAGUAAUUUUAUGGGAGGCAGAAGGAUGUGAACAGCACAACCUUAAAAUUAGUAUUUCCGUUUUCGUUGUUUUUUUUUACGGUUUCUCAAAAUAAAUUAGCUAUUAGCAAUGGAUUGGCAAGAAGCGAGGGACAAAUUAAGGCAAUGGCGAGAUGAUAACAUAAGAUGUUCAGAGGAAGUUAUUGAAUUAUGGCAAGAUGUACUAAUCAAUUACACCCAUAAAGUUGGAGACGAAAAAUGGUUAAUUUUCGAACAGGUGUGCCUAGCUGCUUUGGAUUGUCAUCGGUUAGACAUAGCUCAAGAUUGCUUACAAAGCUUGGAUCAGCAAUUUCCUGGUAGCCUUAGGGUUCGAAAGUUGCAAGCUAUGGAAUUUGAGGCUCUUGAAAGAUAUGAUGAUGCAAUCAAACUGUAUGACUCAAUAUUGCAACAUGAUGAAGCUAAUUCUGUUAUUUAUAAGCGAAAAGUUGCUGUUCUGAAAGCCCAAAAUAAAAUUCCUGAAGCAAUUAAAGAAUUGUCUGACUACCUAAAAAAAUUCAUGAGUGAUCAUGAAGCAUGGAUGGAGUUAGCUGAUUUGUAUUUAUCUGAGCAGGAUUACAGCAAAGCAGCUUUCUGUUUAGAAGAAUUAAUUCUGUAUAAUCCUCACAAUCAUUUAUAUCAUCAACGAUAUGCAGAAAUCCAGUUUACUAUUGGUGGUUUUGAAAAUAUGGAAAUAGCUAGAGCUUACUUUGCACAAUCGAUCAAAUUGAAUUCUCAAAAUAUGAGGUCAUUGUAUGGUUUGUUUUUGUCAGCAAGUAAUGUAGCAGCAUCUCCAAAGUGUCCUGCCUUGAAGAAAAAAGAAAAUUUAAAAUAUGCAUCAUGGGCAGCUGUAAAGAUUAGUACAAAAUAUGAGGACCAAUCUUGUGAUGAUUCCCAAAUGAAAUCUCUACAAGGAAUGUUGGGGACAUUAACUCUAAAUCCUACAACUUAGUUAAAUUAUUGAAUUUUAUAUUUUAUUAUAUGAAAUAAAUUAUGUAAUAUAUA